UCACAUGAUGAUAAAAAAAAAAAAUUCUUAUGGGUUACAUGUGAAACAAAAUAUAUAAAACCCAAAACAAUUUGAAUGAAAAUUUGUAAACAAUCAACAACCAUCUGAAUCUAAAUGAUAUUCUAAUUUCUAAGCGAUAACUACUAUAUAAAUCAGUUUAAAAUAGACAGCUUAUAUAAGUCAAAUAUAUCGGUAGUGGUUAGACUUAGUGGUUGGACUUUGCUUAAACUCCCCUCAAAUGUCUAGUAAUAUCCUAUUAUUUCUGACACAAAAAAGACCGAAUCUUAACUUUAAUCCAUGGAGUCAACUAAACUUGUAUCCAAUCCAUAGCUUCAGAUCUGCUUCACCCCCAUGUGCACAAAGUCUCCCCUUGUCAUUUUAUACCCACCCCAUUUGGAUCUUGAAGAACUCUUGAUCCUCGUAAAAAAAUCUUAUCCUCAAUUGUACAGAAAUGAUCAAUACCGAAACUUGAUCUUGAUUAAAGAUUGAUCCAUGGUUUCUGGUUUUCGAGGUUUCUGCUCCAUUCUAGUCCUCCUCUCGGUUCUCUCAACUAUCUCAUUACUCUACCGUGCUUCCUUCUACUCUCAUGAACAGAGUCUGGAACUCGGACUGGGAUUGGGACUGGGACUAAGACAAAACCAGAACCGUCAAAUCGAUCUCCUAACCUUUCCAUCGGCAUGGAACCAUCUUUCGUUCCCUCCAAACCCACCUCAAAAGCUCCUCAAAAUUGCACUUUUUGUCAAGAAAUGGCCCGACAGGCGCCACGCUGGCGGGCUGGAGCGUCACGCUCUGACGCUCCACCUCGCUCUGGCCAAACGUGGCCAUGAGCUUCACAUCUUCACCGCCUCCUCUCCCAACUUUUCAUUCCCGAAUUACCCUUUCGAAAAUUUACAUUUCCAUCUCUCGAAACCUACCGAUGCCGGGUACCUCAACCAAGCUCUCAUUUGGAAACAAUUCCAAGAUCAAAACUCGUCCGGAAAACCAUUUGACGUUGUCCACACCGAGAGUGUAAGCUUAAUGCAUACGCGGUCAAAAUACGUUUCAAAUUUAGCGGUUUCUUGGCACGGAAUCGCGUAUGAGACGUUACAUUCCAACAUCAUUCAAGAACUCCUACGUGCACCCAAUGAAAACCAGACGAAUCACUUGACCGAAAGAGCGGGAAAAGUGGUCAACGAGAUAAAAUUCUUUCAAAAUUACGCGCACCAUGUUGCCACAAGUGAUCAUGUUGGGGACGUAUUGAAAAGGAUCUACAUGAUACCAGAAGAUCGAGUUCAUAUCAUACUCAACGGUGUAGACGAAGAUGUUUUCAAACCGGAUUACAACACCGGAAUCGAAUUUUGGUCGCAUUUCGGUAUUCCAGAGACGAAAACACUGAUUCUAGGAAUGGCGGGUAGGUUGGUUAAGGACAAAGGACACCCGUUAAUGUUCGAAGCUCUAAAGCAAAUCUUUACUGAAAACUCGACUUUCCGGGAAACUGUGGUGGUUUUGGUCGCCGGAGAUGGUCCGUGGGGCGUUCGAUAUAAAGAACUCGGGGACAAUUUACUUGCUUUGGGCCCACUACAACCGGUUCAAAUGGCUAGAUUUUACAAUGCGAUUGAUAUAUUCGUGAACCCGACUCUUCGAGCUCAAGGUUUGGAUCAUACUUUGUUGGAAGCGGUUCUUUCCGGGAAGCCAUUGAUGGCUACAAAGCUUGCGAGCAUUACCGGGUCGGUGAUUAUCGGGAAGGAAUACGGGUACACGUUUUCACCAACUGUUGAUUCGCUCAAGAAAUGUCUUUAUGAGGUUUGGGAAGAUGGGAGAGGUGUGUUGGAAGAGAAAGGGAAGGUGGGUAGAGAAAGAGGCAUCAAGCUUUUUACUGCAACAAAAAUGGCUGCGGCAUAUGAAAGACUAUUUCUAUGCAUCUCAAACGGGAAAAACAAUCAAGAAUAUUGUAAAUAUUAGUCUACAAAAUGUUACAUGAGGAAGAAAGAUAGUAUCCGGGUUCAAG